AUGCCCCUCGACACAAUCUACCUCACGCGGCACGGCCACCGCCUAAACUGGACAAUCGACUACCAAACAGGCGUAUACAGCUCGCAGUUCCCCACGCCCACAGGCAACCCAGCCGACCCAACCCUCACCUCGCAUGGCGUGCGGCAAUCCCACGAACUCGCAGCGCAUAUCCUCAGCGAGAAUAUCCACCCCAAGCCGUUCCGCAUCUACUCCAGCCCGUUCUACCGAUGUAUCCAGACGAUCCAGCCUACAGUUGAAGCGCUGAAGCACUCCCAGGCCUCUCCUUCUACCUCUGGUUCUGCAUCUGCAUCAGAAUCGAAACCAGUAUUGUUAGACCCUCACGCGAAAUACGACAUCAGGGUCGAGAACGGUCUCGGGGAAUGGUUCGGCUCGACCUCGUUCUUCGAACACCCAACCCCACCCACGCUCUCAAGCCUACUCGCCUUCCCAACCUUCACGCCGCAUCUCGAGAAGAAGACCAGUGCCACCACCAGCGCACCAGCCGCCGCCCUGUACACGUCCACCCGGGGCGAAACCAUCGCGCAACUGCACGACCGGGCCGCCGCCACGCUGGCCCUCGUAAUCCGCGACGUCGACGCCGAAAUCGCCCGCCUGGAGGAAGAGUCCCCGCCGGCAACCAGCAAGGCGAUCUUGAUUUGCUCGCAUGCCGCGCCGCUGAUUGCCAUGGGGCGGGUCCUGACGGGGGAUAUGCCUGCGGAGAGCUCGGAGGAGGAUUUUAGGGUUUUCACGGCGGGGUUGAGUACGUU